CCAAACAUCUGCAAACAUGUGUAAAAUCCUCAGUCACAAAUAACUGCUUCCAACUGCCCCUCCCGGGUUCACUCUCUUCUUCUUUUCAGUUCUUCUGUCAGAGAAAGAAGACAAACAUGUCAUCUGCAGUCUCUCACUCUUCUUCUCUCCAAACCCUAACCCUAAUUUCCUCAAAUGAGAAAACCUUCAACAACCCCUCUCAAUUUUCCUUCUUAUUCUACCCAAUUUACCCCCAAAACCCUUCUUCCCAAAAUACCCUGCCUCUCCCCCACUUCCAAACCCCUCUCUCUCCAAACCCUCUGCUCACCCUCCCAAGAGCCUUCUUCCUCACCAAGCCAAACCCUAACCCUAAUUUCGAUCCUGCGGGCGGUCCCCGACUGGGCCGAUGCGAUCAAAGAACGGGGAAUGAGGCAGAAGCGGUCCCUCUACACCCACGACAAGUGGCUCGAGCACCGAUCCUCCCUUCGGCACAUCCGCCACGUCCUCUCCAGCCUCUCCUCCCGUGUCAUCCUCUCGCUCAUCCCGCCCGUCGUUGCCUUCACAACAUUCGCCGCUGCCAUUGCUGGCUACAAUUAUGCUGUUGAGUUGCGAUACCUGCCGGAGAUCUUCCCGGUGCUGCAUGCGUCGUCUCUGCCAUACCAACUGACGGCCCCAGCGCUGGCGUUGCUGCUGGUUUUCAGGACGGAGGCGAGCUAUUCGAGGUUUGAGGAGGGGCGGAAGGCGUGGACGGGCGUUGUGGCGGGGACGAAUGAAUUUGCACGGCAGGUUAUGGCUGGGGUCGAGAGCGAGUCCGAUGCGGAGAUGAAGAAAAUGUUGCUGCAGUAUAUCAUGGCAUUUCCAGUUGCUCUCAAGUGCCAUGUUGUUUAUGGCUCCGAUAUCAGUAAAGAUCUGCAGAAUUUGCUUGAAGAAGAUGAUCUAGCAGUAGUUCUCAGCUCGAAACAUCGUCCACGCUGCAUCAUUGAGUUCAUUUCUCAAAGCCUUAAAUUGCUACACUUGGAUGAGUCGAAGCGAAAUAUCUUGGAAUCGAAAAUCACUUGUUUCCAUGAAGGCAUUGGUGUCUGUGAACAACUCAUGGGUAUCCCCAUUCCUCUUUCCUACACUCGCUUGACCUCAAGAUUUCUAGUCUUCUGGCAUCUUACGCUUCCCAUUAUACUUUGGGACGACUGCAGCUGGAUCGUCAUUCCUGCUACUUUUGUCAGUGCUGCUUCCUUGUUCUGCAUUGAGGAAGUCGGUGUUCUCAUUGAGGAGCCAUUUCCAAUGCUUGCACUCGACGAAUUAUGCAAUCUGAUUCAUGACAGCAUCCGGGAAGCAAUUGACAUUGAGGAUUUGAUUAAACGGCAACUCCUGGCCAAAAGGAAGAAACAUUCCAGUAACGAGUGCUCACAGAAUGGGCGGCCUAUUUCAUGAUCAGCUGCAAAAAGAAGAAAAAACCUGUGAAUUCAGAUCAUCAGCCGCCUCCAUGACGAAACAAUCAAUGAUCCAAAAUGUAAGUGCCAAUGAUGCUUCAAUGAGUAAAAAACAAGAAGGUAUGGAUGCUUCUUAUAAUGAAAGUUAUACAUAAGUUGUAAAAUCAGUAUCCCAUAUGUAAAGAUCUCAUUUUGCUGGGCUUAUACACAAGUUGUAAGAUCAAUAUCCGAUGUGUAAAGAUCUCAUUUUGCUGGGCU